GACUUUUUUUUUUUUUUUUGGAGAGAGAGAGAGAGAAAAACUGGUUUAGUUCCGGAAAGGGACGAUUACAAGCAGCGCGAGCGAGGGAGAGCGAGAGCGAGAGAGAAGGGGAGGGAUCCUCAGCAAUUUAGGGUUUUGAGAUUUUGGUCAGGUCAGUGAGUGCAUAAUUACAAAAAGAAAACUUUUAAUCGAUUGCUCAAUUACGAUUGUGAUUAAAGCAGCUAAUUUUUCUGUUCCGAAUUUGCUGAGUUUAAUGGAGGAAAUGAUGAGUUUGAUUUGGUAUUUGGUGAUGAUGAUUGUGUGUGAGAAAGAGGUGUGCUUGUUGUGUGCAGGAAGAUGCGAGUGUGAGAGAUUUAUAGAGAGAGGAUUUGUGAGAUCUCCAGAGAGCCUUUUUGAUUUUGAGUGUGUUAGGUUUUUCUCAAAGAUUUCGAUUUUAGACGCUGUUUCACUGAUAUUGUCAUGGAACGAAAGCUUGUGGUCUUGGGUAUCCCUUGGGACGUGGAUACUGAUGGUCUGAGAGAAUAUAUGAGCAAUUUCGGUGACUUAGAGGAUUGCAUUGUUAUGAAGGAGAGGUCUACAGGGAGAUCACGCGGUUUUGGAUAUGUAACAUUUGCAUCAGCUGAUGAUGCUAAGAAUGCAUUAUCCAGUGAGCAUUUUCUUGGCAACAGAAUGCUGGAAGUAAAAACAGCCACUCCAAAGGAGGAGAUGAGAGCACCUAAAAAGAAAGUAACUAGGAUAUUUGUGGCCAGGAUUCCACCAUCUGUAACUGAAUCAGCCUUCCGAAGUCAUUUUGAGAAUUAUGGUGAAAUAACAGAUUUGUACAUGCCAAAGGAUCAAGUUUCAAAAGCCCAUCGUGGAAUUGGGUUUAUCACUUUUGCAAGUGCAGAAUCUGUGGAAAGUCUCAUGACUGAUACCCAUGAACUGGGAGGUUAUACGGUAGUUGUUGACCGGGCAACCCCCAAGGAAGAUGACUUUAGGCCAAUAGGGAGAAUGGCACAGGUUGGAUAUGGUGCAUUCAAUCCUUAUUUUUCUGCUGCCACUAGAUAUGCAGUCCUAGGUGCUCCUACCUUAUAUGACCAUCCAGGUCCAGUAUAUGGAAGAGGGGAACCAAUCCGGGGAAUGGGCAAAAAGAUAUUUGUUGGCAGGCUCCCUCAGGAGGCCACCACUGAUGAUCUUCAUCAGUACUUUGGAAGAUUUGGACGUAUAUUAGAUGUUUAUAUUCCUAAGGACCCUAAGAGAACUGGUCACAGAGGUUUUGGUUUUGUGACCUUUGCUGAAGAUGGUGUUGCUGACCGAGUGUCGUGUAGAUCACAUGAGAUUUGUGGACAGCAGGUGGCAAUAGAUUUAGCCACACCACUAGACGAUGCUGCCCCUAGUAGGAGUUUCAUGAUAAGUAGUGCAGAAUUGUUUGGGGGUUAUGGUGGUCCUAUGCGCACCUAUGGCAGGAUGUAUGGAAGCUUGGAGUUUGACAAUUGGGGUUAUGGAAUUGGCAGCGCUAGACCAUCAAGAGUAAACUGGAGAUACAGGCCAUACUGAAAAGUGGUGGAUUGGUGAUGCUUUGCCUCAGGUCUUAAAGUCAAAUUAUAUAUGCUGCACUUCAUCAAUCGAUCUUUCCAAAGCUCACCCGAUGAUUGUUUGAUGUUGAUGUUAAUAUUUAUUUAUUAAUCAUGUCGUGGGCAACAUGAUAUGUUGGUUUUCUUCACACAGCUUGAAAUGUCAAAUUCUAGCCCGAUAGGGGGGAUGGAAACAAGCAUGAGUAAUUUACUUUUCUGUAUCAAACUUGCUGAAUCGCAGAUGUUCUCAUGUUAGGCAUUUAGGAGUAUGCUACUGUAAGUGAUAUAUUUCCCAUCUGGGUUAACCAUAUGUUCUUUGCACAUUCAAUGACAAAUUACAGCAUCAGACAAUUUCCAACUGACUGUAUUUCCAUUGAACGUGUGAGGUCAAGCCUUUGCAGAUCCAGAUAUUGCUGUCAUGAUUUUAAGUGGAUGUGAACAGCCCUUAAGAGAGGGAAAGGGGAGGGGGGAAUGUCGCCUGACAAUUUCUGCUAUAAAAUAUAACUUUAAGU